AUGAAAGCCAUAAAGAAGGGGAAGGGGAACGUGAGGGACAGCGUGAAAGAUCACGUGAGGGACAGCGUGAAAGAUCACGUGAGGGACAGCGUGAAAGAUCACGUGAGGGACAACGUAACAGAUCAAGUGAGGGACAACGUAACAGAUCAAGUGAGGGACAACGUAACAGAUCACGUGAAGACAAAAUCGAAAUUCUAA